CACGUGCCGUACACGACAGACACCCUCAUUCUCAUACUGCUUUUGCGCGACUGUGAAGACCUGAACUUCAAGUGCUCUUCAACUGAGGCCAUGCGCAUCGCAAGAUCCUGAAGUUUGUCCAAUAAGGGCUUCCCUGCCGUUCGUUCCCAGGUAUCCCAACAAUGCCGCCUCAAACUCCCAUCCCCGAGCCUGAUAUCAGAGCCGAGAAGCCUGCCGAUGCGAUCAGAAGAGCAAGGGAGUUUUACAGAUAUCUCGAACCACAAGAUGUCGAUCAGGUUCAGUCACGAUCGGCCAAUACCUUCUUCACGGACCAGCAGAAACACCUACCGAAAUUGUCCUCAUCUCUGACGCCGUACUGCCAACUUGUCGCUCUCCGCUGCAAUGUACCCAAGGUCAUGCUCAGCUUUAUCGACCGUGAUACCAUGUACAUUUUAGCGGAAGCGUGUCAAGAGCCUCAUGGAGAUCGCACUUUCUCCACUUUCGAGUUUACUGAGGAUCCCAUCUUGUCUAGCUGUGCAUCUAUGCCUUCAAAGGACAGAGUCUGUGAAAUGACAAUCGCUCUCAACCCUCUCGCUCCAGAAGGCCGCUUACCCACCUUCCAAAUAUCCGACAUGCGCGCAUCCCGAUUUGCCUCAGUUCCCGUCGUCGCAGGGCCGCCCUAUUAUAGAUUCUACGCAGGAACUCCCAUUACCACCAGAGACCAAAUAAAUAUCGGAAGCCUGAGCGUUAUGGACACCAAUGUUCGCGAAAGAUUAACGCAGCAAGAGGAAGCUUUUCUCUACACAACGGCCCGUCAGAUCAUGACCCAUUUAGAGACAAACCGAGAAGCCAUCGAGGGUAGACGAUCACGCCGUAUGGCCCAUUGCAUGAAUGCAUUCAUCGCCGGCAGAAACAGUUUACAAGAACACCGAGAGCAGAAUCGAGGAUCCCGCUCCAGCCAUACUGAUCGUCGCCCGUCGCUUGCUCCUGGCGAAGCGGCAAACAUUCCAGGCGGCAGACCUUCCGAGUCUGCUUCAGAUGAAGGCAUUUCUUCAGAAGGUCCCGAUAACUCGAUCGACCAGCAAGAUAAGUUGGACUCACGUUCACAUACCAAAACACUUGCCCGUGCUGCCAACAUAUUAAGAGAAGCCUUCGGAGAGUUUGACCAGGACGCCGCCGUUGUUUUCGUCAACUUGAAGGGUACUGCCGCGCAGCACUCAGCCCAUCACAGAUCCAAGUCCUUCCAAACAAGUCCCACGGAAUUGCAGUCUCCGCGCCAGAACCCGAAUAGCCCUUACAACGAGAAUUCCGAAAGCAUUUCGAGCCCGAUCCAGUCUUCGGAAGACUACUCUGUCGCAUCCAUUUUAGCCUCCUCAUCACUGAAACUAGAUUCCUCUGAAGCAAAACCAGCGAUCCCAAGAUGCUCAGUAACUGACCAAACACUUCACAGCUUGGUUAGCCGCUAUCCUGGUGGAACUGUCUGGUCCUUUGACGACUACAGAGGCUCCUCUUCCGAUGAUGAUGAUCCAACUUUUGCCCCACGACCUAUCAAAAAAGUUAGCCCACGACGCAAAAUGGAGAAAAAGAUACUCCAGUCCGCCUUUCCCGACGCGCGACAGUUACUAUUUGCACCAAUAUGGAGUCCGAGCCUUGGAACUUUUGCCCAUGCUGUUUUUGUGACGAUAAAACUCGAAGUCCGGAGCCUGAGCACCAGCACCGAUCUAAGCUUCAUCAAUUCCUUCUGCAGCACGCUCAUGGCCGAAUGCAGUAGAAUCGACACAAUUUUAGCAGACAAGCAAAAGGACGACUUUGUGGGAACCAUAUCACAUGAAAUGCGGUCUCCUCUUCAUGGAAUACUUGCCAGUACCGAGUUUCUAUCUGAAACCGAGCUGGAUAGCUUUCAGCAGACUUUAGUCGAAACGGUACGGAGCUGUGGCCAGACAUUGUUGGAUACCAUCAAUCACGUCUUGGACUAUUCUAAGAUCAAUACAUUUCAAAAGCAAUGGCAAAGUUCCCAGAAGAAGCCGCACCACAAGGCUACGCGAAAGUUGCAAACAAACAUUGACGGGGCCUCUAAACCCUUCACGUCAGGUGCACCGCCUCUACUGCAGCUCUUGGGAGUCACAAGCAUCUCUGUGGUGCUGGAAGAAGUUGUUGAUGGCCUAAUCCUUGGUCACACAUACAUAUCAUCCGGCCUUGACAUGACUGAUUUAUCUCGAACUGCACGAGGUAGGGGACCAGAACGAAAAAUGAGCCCGGCGGACGACCAGGACAACGACGUUGAUCUCUAUAUUGAUAUCCAACACGCGGACUGGACUUUUAUGACGCAACCUGGUGCGGUGCGAAGAAUCAUUCAAAAUCUGGUGGGAAACGCCCUGAAAUACUGCAAAAGUGGCCAUAUCAUCGUGAAGCUUGAGCUUAUCGACAAUGCCCCGGAAGAGACUGACCACGAAACUAUGCUCCUGACUGUCGAAGAUACAGGAUGUGGGAUUUCCCAAAAGUUCAUGUCCUCACGACUAUUCCUCCCUUUCGCGCAGGAAAAUUCACUUGCGCCCGGUACAGGACUGGGUUUGUCUAUUGUUCACAGCAUCGUCACCAUGCUUGGUGGUACAAUCAACGUCAAGAGUGUGGUUGGCCAGGGUACUACUAUGCAAGUCUUUCUACCUCUAAAGCGACCUCUUCCGGGACAGGUUUCAACAAACACGGCGCCCAAUUCGGGCACCACCAAUUCUGGUUCUUCUCUCGGUGAUGAGGUCGUCCAGAAUUUGCAAAGCAUCUCCAUCGACACGCCUGUUCUCAUAUUCCGCCCUCGCCUUUUCUCCAAGCGCGACAUGCUUGCUCAUGUUCUCUCCAAUUACGUAGAGGACUGGUACGGACUUCGGUUGGUAAACCGGGAGCAUCUGUAUAGCGCCCAGAUCAUUCUUGUCGAGGAAGAUGAUCUCGAUGAGCUUCUCACGGCGUUUGGUCCCAGCUCGAAUGCAACGCGUAUUCUGAUUGUACUAUGUUCUGUGGUUAGCAGGCACAGUACAUCCUAUGUUUCGAAGCUUCAGCAUCGCAUCUCUGGACCAGUCGAGUUCGUUUCGAAACCUUGCGGCCCGUACAAAUUGGCCAAAGCAGUCCAACUUUCAAUGCACAGACUGGCGGGGGUGAGCCAAACUGCACUUGACCACGAGGUAGCAGAUGCUCUGGAUGAGCAGCAGCAGCAAGCAGAAGCUACGCAAGUUGACAAUUCCCGUGACCGCUUGGCUACGGAGGGCGAUCUGGAUAAUCUCAAGGAGAUGGAUUUGAAUAAUCCAGGUUUCGACGAAGCGUCGCAGAUGGUUCAGGCGACGGAGACAUUAGCAGCAUCACAGGUGAGUCAACGAGCACAAAUGGCGAUCAGCGAUCCGUCGAUCGAUCAACCCAAGCAAGAUCUCGCAGAGUCCGGAAACGAUGAAUACCCGUUCCCGGGCCAAAGCGCUUUACAGCCUUCGAGUCUGCCGCAUCGACCGGCACCACUUGUUCCAGCCACGCCACCAGAAACACCAGCUACCGAGAUUAUAGCGAACAAGAUUGACGUCAGAACGGACAAUCCUCGAAUCCUGGUGGUGGAUGACAAUACUAUCAACCUGAAGCUCCUGGAGACAUUUCUCCGCAAUAAACGGAAGUAUACAGAUAUCGUAUGUGUGGAUGACGGGCAAAAGGCCGUCGACAUGGUUACGUCGACAUCUCGGCCAUUCCAAAUUAUCUUUAUGGAUAUAUCUAUGCCUGUCAUGAACGGGUUCGAGGCAACUCGAGCAAUCAGAGACGUGGAGGCAACGCGUCCUGGGGUUCCCGGAUCGCUUAUCAUUGCAUUGACGGGUCUUGCUAGUGGCAGAGACCAGGCCGAAGGAUUCGAAUCAGGGUGCGACCUUUACUUGACCAAGCCCGUGAGCUUUAAGGCGGUGGGGAAGCUAUUGACGAAUUGGGAGAUGCAUCAACAAAUGAAAACAUAGCGUUUACUAAUUGAUCACAAGAGGGAUUUGAAAUGUCGUUCCCCUGCUGGGACAUAUUAUGGCAUUGAAAAAUAUAGCAUGGCGCAGCAAGAUCUGAUGCCAUUAUGUGUAUGACUUUUGUUGGAUAUGAUUGACGAUAUAGUAUUACGAGGCGGCAAGUAGUAUCUUUGUACCAUUGUCGAUCAUGUGCAUUCCAAAGCUCGCCCAGAU